AUGGCAAAGUUUGAACUGGAAAAAUUCGAUGGCACCAAUGAUUUUGCCUUAUGGAGAGAGAGUUUAAAAGGUAUCUUAGUGCAUCAAAAGGUGGCUAAAGUGCUCGGAGAUCAAAAGCUUUUGGCAGAGAAGAAACCAGAAGAAAUUGCUGAAAUGGAGGAGAUGGCUUAUUACACAAUCAUCAUGUAUCUUUCUAAUGGAGUAAGAAGGAAAUUAACCUCAGAAAAGACUGCAAAGGAUGAAAAUAUUGAUAAAUUUAAUGAGAUUAUUGUUUGUUUGGCUAAUAUUGAACAUAAGGUAGAUGAAGAAAGUCAAGAAAUUUUCUUGCUCAAAUCAUUACCAAUUGCCUAUCAAGAAGUCAAAGCAGCAAUAAAGUAUGGCAAAGAUGUGAUUGCUUUGGAGGAUGUUCUUAGAGCUUUAAAGUCGAAGGAGUUCGAGUUACAACUUGAGAAAGAAAACAGAAAAGAUGAGGCUUACUUUGUUCGAGAAAGAAAUCUAAAGAGAGGCUCAUCUAGAGGAAAUCAAUCACACCAUUCAAGGUCGAAGUCAAGAGGGAAAGACUCAAGAUAG